AUGUCGAACAACAACAAUGCUCACGAGAGCACACCUCUUCUAAGAGGCCACGACGGUGCGGAAGAGAGCGGGGAUGCUACUCAUCAAGCUUCGACUUGGCAACGCGUAAAGAGCUGGAUCUCUUCCCACACUAUCAACCUUAUCCUGACCUUGCUGCUUGCUGUAUUCGUCAUCCUGUUCCUCGUAACAGCUUUUAUUCAGACUUCAGGCAAAGACGAAGACAAGCCACCCUCUGAACCGACCCCGGGUGAGGGAGCUGAAAUAUGCACCUCCGCGGGAUGUGUUCUCGCUUCUUCGACACUCCUCCGCAGUAUCUCGUCAAGAUAUAAGGACCUCGACCCCUGUGAAGACUUCCGCACCUAUGUUUGCGAGGGUUUCGAUGCUGUCCACGAGAUCCGGGAAGACCAAACCGGCGUUGGCAGCCUCCAGAUCAUGAGCGAGGAAGGCCAGCUCCUUCUGAAGCGCAUCUUGGAGUCUCCACAACCUGCCCACACCUCCUUGUUCUGGACUGCAUCUUCGCCGGACCAGCAAAUUUACAGCAAGCUGCACGAUGGUUACAAUGCCUGCUUGAAUGAGACUCAGCUGAAGUCGAUCGGUUCUAAGCCUUUGCUUGACCUCCUUACCGGCCUCGGAGACCUUUAUCCCGUGAAGAAGCCAAAGGGAAGGAAAGAUACUUCGCUCACUGACGCUGUGGAGUAUUUGAUGGGCAAUGGAAUCAGAGGUCCAGUCUCAGUCGGUGUCGGUGCCGACGACAAGGACCCCGACUCAAACAUCAUCUCCCUCAGUCCCCCCUGGUCCUUCGGCCUGCCCUCGAAGCAGUAUUACAACCGGACUGAUAUCGUCACUGCGUACAAAGAAACUAUCGGUACAGUCCUUGAGGCUUUGCGGAAGGAAGCUUCGCCCAAGCACAAUGUGCUCUCGACAUUCGACAGCCCAGGCAUGCCCGCAACGAUGAACAAGAAACUCGUCGAUAGUUUAGUCGAUUUUGAGUACAGCCUGGCUGCAGCAUCACCGGAUCCAGAGGACCUGUCCGACAUCACCAAGGUUUACAACCCUCGGACAUUGGAUGAGGCCGAAGCAUAUAACCCUGAGAUUUCGGUCAAGGACAUCAUUCAGGUCUUUGCUGGUGACUAUAAGCCUUCCAAGAUCAUCGUGGCAUCUCCGAAAUACCUGAAGUCUCUUGCAAAGAUCCUCGAGUCGGAGAGCCGAGAAGUCAUCCAAGCAUAUCUCGCUUGGAAGGUCGUACAAACAUGGGGCGGAUCCGUUGAGAGUGAUAGUGUUGAGCCUCUCCGCAGGUUUAGCAAUAAACUCCAGGGUAAGGAACCGGACGUGAAGGCCGAAAGGUGGAGGAAAUGCAUCAGUGUCGUUGACAGUGACCUUCCCUGGAUUCUCAGCCGUUUCUUCAUAGAACGCGCUUUCUCUAAGGAGGCUAAAGAGCUUGGUGACCAGAUCAUCUAUGACAUCAAGGACUCUUUCAUCGUCAAGCUCAACCACUCCGAAUGGAUGACUGAGAAGGUGCGAGAGUUUGCAAUUGACAAGGUGAAUCUGAUCCGACAAAAGAUUGGAUAUCCUACCCAGAGCCCGGACGUCACCAAUGCGGAUGAGCUUCAGAAAUAUUACAAAAGCGUUAAGGUAUCUGCCGAUUCCUUCUUUGCCAACCGGCUCGCUUCUACCAGAGCCGACGUAAGGCGUGAGUGGGCGCAGGCGGGCAAGCCUGUAGACAAGGCUGAGUGGGGAAUGUCGGCGUCGACGGUGAACGCAUACUACAACCCGCCCGGAAACGAGAUUGUUUUCCCUGCUGGGAUCAUGCAAGCCCCUGUCUUCUACGACCCCUCGCUUCCCAAGUAUCUGUCAUAUGGAGCUUUCGGAGCAGUCGCAGGACAUGAGCUGUCACACGCUUUUGAUUCGUCCGGCAGAAACUACGAUCAGAAUGGCAACUAUAGCGACUGGUGGGAUGAGUCCACCAUCAAGGCCUUCAAGCAGAAGACAGACUGCUUCGUGGAGCAGUAUCACAACUACACCAUCCCGACGAAAGACGGCGAUCUGCCCAUCAACGGGAAACUCACCCUUGGUGAGAACAUCGCUGAUGCUGGCGGUCUAACUGCUGCAUUCCAGUCUUGGCGCCGCCGAGAUGAUGAGAAGGCCGACCUUAUCCUUCCUGGACUGGACUAUUUCUCGAAGGAGCAGAUUUUCUUCCUCGCCUAUGGGCUUACUUGGUGUGGUAAGACUAGGGAGGAGGAGGCUAUCAGGAGGAUCUACACGGAUCCUCACAGCCCUGCGUCUUACAGAAUUCAGGGUACCACGGCCAACUCUCGGGAGUUCCGAGAAGCUUUCAAGUGCCCCGUCAAGGAGCCGACUUGUGAACUGUGGUGA